CACAACCUGCUCUCCGAAGCUGCUUUGUCCUGACUAAUCAAGCACUAAAAAAUCUCACAACUUGCUUCACUUCACAACAUCUUUAUCCAAGUACUUACACAGACACUCCCUCCCUCCCUCUCUCUCUUUCUGUGAAGAAGAGGCUAAUAUGGGAUCAGUGUCGCUGAAAAUAGGAGAUGGAACAGCCAGAUUCAAGAGAGCAAGUUUCUGUUCAUCAGCAGUGAACAUUCUCAUGCUCUUCUCUGUACUAACCACUAAUCUUUUUGCAUUAUAUGCCUUCACAUCUUCUCCAAAAGACCAUCAAACUCACCUCUUUCACAAUCCCCAUAAAAAUAUAUCUUUGAUCUCUGAGCGUGUCUCUUUAAUACUAAGAGAGAUCGCUGCUUCUCAAAAAAAGCUUGCCGGGAUGGAGAAAGAGCUUUUGGGCUAUGAAACUAUGGAUAUUUCAAGGCCCAAUAUUGCAAGUGAGCUCAAAUUGUUCUUGCAACACCAUCAACUCCCUCUUGGUAAGGAUUCAAGAACUGGGAUCACUGAGAUGGUGGCUUCUGUGGGUCAUUCUUGUGAGAAAUCUGCAGACUUGUUGUCUCAGUAUAUGGCUUACAAGGUUUCUGGGCCCUGUCCUGGUGAUUGGAGCCUUGGCCAGAAGUUGAUUUUGCGUGGAUGUGAGCCUUUGCCCAGAAGGAGAUGCUUUGCAAAGUCUGUUCAAAAGGUGGGUCUUUAUCGUUUUCCUGUUUCUCUUUGGAAACCUGUUAGUGAAAAGAUUUUAACUUGGAGUGGUCUUGGUUGCAAGAAUCUUGAGUGCUUGAAUAGAAAGAAGUUGAGCAGGGAUUGUGUUGGUUGCUUUAAUAUUACUAGUGGUUAUGAGACUCAAAGGUUUGUUAAAGCUCGAGGCAAGAAUGAUUUUAUCAUUGAUGAUGUGUUAGCUUUAGCAAGUGGGGGAAUUAGAAUUGGAUUUGAUAUUGGUGGUGGGUCUGGGACAUUCGCUGCUAGGAUGGCAGAGAGAAAUGUGACUGUGAUUACUAGUACUUUGAAUGUGGAUGCUCCAUUUAGUGAAUUUAUUGCAGCAAGAGGGCUUUUCCCUUUGUAUUUGAGUUUAGAUCACAGGUUCCCUUUCUAUGACAAUGUUUUCGAUUUAAUUCAUGCUUCUAGUGGAUUGGAUGGAGGGGACAAACCUGAAAAGUUAGAGUUCUUAAUGUUUGAUAUCGAUCGAAUUCUGAGGGCUGGUGGAUUGUUUUGGUUGGAUAACUUCUACUGUGCAGAUGAUGAGAAGAAGACAGCUUUGACUCGGUUGAUUGAGCGGUUUGGGUAUAAGAAGUUGAAAUGGGUUGUGGGAGAGAAGAUAGACACAGCUGGGUCAGGGAAAUCAGAAGUUUAUUUGUCUGCCGUACUACAAAAGCCAGCAAGAGUGUGAUGAUUACUGGAGUUUUCACAGGAAACUGAAAGAGUUCCAAGUUUGAAUUUGAUAAGUAUUCAUCUUCAUGGGUUAUAAUUGGGAAACUGUCUUAGGUAAUGAUAAGGGAGUGGCUUAACCGGUGGUUACAAGUCUUGACUUGCGUUCACCUAGUUUCUGGCUUGCUCUCUACCUUCUACCUUCUACUUUUCUCUUUAGCACACCGACUACUUGAUAUGUGAGUACCAGAGUUCAUUUGGGAAGUCAAGAGCAUAUGAAUGUAAUAAUGCUUGGAACUAGGAAGUACUAGUUCUAGGUUUUAGUUAUAGGGAAACAUGAUAAUCACUUUUAAGAUACUGAUUCGCAGGGAAGAUUUUGGUAUCCUUUCGCAAACGGAUAUUGACAAUUUUCCAAUUCAUCUUUGUGGUAGUGGCAUUGCAUUCUUGUAUGUGCACAAGCUGUUCCUUUCA